UGCACGUAUCACCGGAUCACCGGCACCAGAUGGCGAGAGGUGGAGCGGAGGCACAAACCGGGGGUUAAAUCACGGCUACCGACUCAAAUCAGGCAUAAACACAGCACAGAGACACGGAGAGGGGAACAGGGACUGGAACUCUUAUAGGAAGAGGCUGAAGUGAUCUGAUUAUUAUUCCAGGACGAGAACACGGAGUGAAUAGGUGAAACGGAUGGCGCUGUGUUGGUUUGUGUUGAGUUGUAUUUUCCAAACUCUUCAUGCUCACAAUGACUUCUUCACAUCCAUCGGUCAGAUGACAGACCUGCUGUACACAGAGAAGGACCUGGUGACGUCACUGAAAGAUUACAUUCGAGCCGAGGAGAACAAAUUGGAGCAGGUUAAACAAUGGGCCGAGAAGCUGGACUCCUUGACAUUAACAGCGAUGGAGGACCCCGAGCGUUUUGUGGGACACCCAGUUAAUGCUUUCAAGCUGAUGAAGAGGCUGGUCACUGAGUGGUCAGACCUCGAGAACCUGGUGCUUAAGGACACCACCGAUGGGUUUAUCUCGAAUUUGACGGUACAGAGGCAAUACUUCCCCACCGACGAAGAUCAGACCGGAGCGGCUAAAGCUUUGCUCAGGCUGCAGGACACGUACCAGCUCUCGGCCAACACCAUCUCCACCGGAGACCUGCCCGGCGUGGUCCACAAGAGCCGGAUGACGGCGGAGGACUGCUUCGAGCUGGGCAAGGUGGCGUACGCGGAGGCGGACUACUACCACACGGAGCUGUGGAUGACCCAGGCGCUCAGACAGCUGGACGAGGGCGAGGACUCCACCGUGGACAAGGUGACGGUCAUGGACUACCUGAACUACGCCAUCUACCAGCAGGGCGAGCUCGACCGGGCGCUGGAGCUCACCAAGAGGAUGCUCAAACUGGAUCCGUCCCACCAGCGGGCCAACGGGAACCUUCGGUACUUCGAGGUCCAGCUGGAGAAGCAGAGGAAGGCCGAGGAGGAGGAGGCGCGGAAGCAGGACGGCGGAGAGAAGGAGAAGAAGCACAUCGAUAAGAGGGACGUGCAGAUGAAGAGAUCCAGAGAUCCGCUGCCCGAGAGGAAGAGAUACGAGCAGCUGUGUCGAGGCCAGGGCAUCAAAAUGACCCGCCGCAGGCAGAGCCGCCUGUUCUGCCGCUACGUCAACAACAACAACAACCCCCGCCUGCUGCUGGCGCCCGUCAAGGUGGAGGACGAGUGGGAUCGGCCGCACAUCGUCCGCUACCAUGAGAUCAUCUCUGAGUACGAGAUCGAGAAGGUCAAGGAGCUCGCCAAGCCCAGGCUCCGGAGGGCCACCAUCUCAAACCCUAUCACAGGCGUGCUCGAGACCGCCCCCUACAGGAUCAGCAAGAGGCGCGCCACAGUGCAUGACCCCAAUACGGGAAAACUCACCACAGCUAACUACAGAGUCUCCAAGAGCGCCUGGCUGCAGGGUUACGAGCACCCAGUGGUUCACAUGAUCAACCAGAGGAUCGAGGAUGUGACGGGUCUGGACAUGCUCACCGCCGAGGAGCUGCAGGUUGCAAAUUACGGAGUCGGAGGGCAGUACGAGCCACAUUUCGAUUUCGGCAGGAAAGACGAGCCGGACGCAUUCAAAGAGCUCGGCACAGGAAACAGAAUCGCUACCUGGCUCUUCUAUAUGAGUGAUGUACCAGCAGGAGGCGCUACAGUCUUCACAGAUGUUGGAGCUGCAAUUUGGCCCAAAAAGGGCACAGCGGUGUUCUGGUAUAACCUGUUCCCCAGCGGUGAGGGCGAUUACAGUACGAGACACGCGGCCUGUCCUGUACUGGUGGGCAACAAGUGGGUGUCGAACAAAUGGAUCCAUGAGAGGGGGCAGGAGUUCCGACGACCCUGCAGCCUCAGCGAGACCGAAUGACCAGCGUUUACUCCUCCUCCUCCUUCAUUCCAUCUUCUAAUCUCCCUCCGCACUGUUUAGUUUAAAUCUCCACACCCUCGACAGUCACUCCACUUCCUCCCACACACUUCACUUUAUUUGCACUUUCGGUCUUAAAGCCAGGACACGACCGCAGGUAUCCGCUGGUCUUCGGCUCGCUCGUAAAAACGGUGCCAGGUCCAUCAUUCAGAGACCCCGAGGAGAAAAUCAGUGCCACUCAUGGAGCUGCACUCAGACCAAAGGAAAUGAUUUUUCUAGCUAAAAUAAGCAGACAGUCUUAAACUAAACUAAAACUCCAGACAUGCUGGUGGUACAGCACACAGAACCGUCACAGAAUCCUGAGGAUAUUUUAUUUAUCGUAAUAGGUCAAGUUUAUUCUGUUGUCAUGUGAAUGUAUUAUAACGUGUGUUUUGUGUUUUCUAUGGAAAUAAAACGAUGUGCUUUAAACGA